AUUUCGACACAUUCCAAUUCUCAGUUGUUUCAUUAUUGCGUAUAACUACAUGUUAAAAUAUUAAACAAUUAUCAAAUAUUUGACACAUGAACACAUAAGAAAUGUCGGAACCAUCUAAUACGCACGUAGAUCCAGAAGAUACUAUUAGUAUUCUAGUAGCCACAGAUAUUCAUCUUGGCUUUGAUUACUGUAAAAAGAGAGGAGGACAAUCUGAUGAGAGCUUUGUUACGUUCGAAGAAAUAUUGAAAUAUGGCAAAGAUAACGAGGUUGAUUUUAUUUUGUUGGGUGGUGAUCUAUUUCACGAAACUAAGCCUUCACAGACCACGUUGCUUAAGUGUGUAGAGUUACUACGAAAAUAUUGUUUGGGCCCAAGAGAAUGCAAGAUAGAGUUUCUGAGUGAUUCGGAACAGGUGUUCCAACACUGUGCACAGAAACAUGUGAAUUAUGAAGAUCCAAAUUUGAAUGUCUCAAUGCCAGUAUUUACUAUCCAUGGAAAUCAUGAUGAUCCAAGUUUUGGUACUGUUGGUUCAAUGGAUAUAUUGUCAGCUACUGGACUUGUGAAUUACUUUGGAAAAUGGACAGAUCUGAAACGCAUAGUUGUAUCUCCUUUAAUUUUGAAAAAACGUAAUACCCAUAUUGCACUGUAUGGUCUGAGUUAUAUCAAUGAUCAAAGAUUGUGGAGAUUAUAUAGAGAUGAUAAGGUAGAUUUGUUACGUCCAACUGAUGUAGAGACUUUUAAUAUAUUUGUUUUACAUCAAAAUCGUAUCAAAAACCGUGAUGCUUAUAUAUCUGAAGAUAAACUGCAUAAAUUUCUCAAUUUAGUUAUUUGGGGACAUGAACAUGAAUGUCGCAUUAAGCCUGAAUUUAAUCAACAAGGCGAAUAUUAUAUUUGUCAACCAGGAAGCUCCAUUGUUACUUCUUUAUGCGAAAGUGAAUCAAAACCUAAACAUGUGGGCCUUCUUAAAAUAAAUAAAAGUAAUUUUAAAAUAAAAUCUUUAAAAUUACAAAGUGUUCGUCCAUUUAUUUUUGAUAACAUGGUUCUUUAUGAUCAUGAUAUCAAAGUAAGAGAUUGCAUCUCAUUAGCAGAUUCUAUCAGUCAAUAUGUAGAUCAAUAUAUUGAAAAUAAGCUUAUUCCUAAAGUUACCGAACAACUCACAGGAUAUCCUGGUCAACCACUACAACCUUUAAUUCGAUUAAGAAUAUUUUAUGACGAUGAGAAUGAACAAUUCGAUACAUUAAGUUUGGCACAAAAAUAUUGUGAUGAAGUUGCUAAUCCUAUGGACAUGAUUAUAUUUCGUAAAAGAAAGAGCGGAGACAAAGGAAAACAUAUUCAAGAUGAAAUUGAUGAUCCAGAUGAUAUUGCAGAAUUAUUCGAAGGAGAUAAAGGGGAAAAUUGGACUAGCACAGUACAAGGAGGAAUUAAAAAGUAUUUUGAUAUGGAAGAAAAUAAAGAUAAAUUAACAGUAUUAACAGUAACAGCAAUGAAUGAAGCCUUAAAUCGAUAUGUUGAGAAAUGCGACUUGGAUGCCUUUAGAAGCGUCAUAAGAAAUCAAAUGAAAAAAACCAUCGAAUAUUUAAAAACGCAAAAUGUUGAAACCCCAGAAGAUAUUCGUGAAGAAAUUAAAAAUUUCCGCGACAAGAGGCUUUCAGAAGAACUGGAGGAACAGAAUAAUGUUUUAGAAGUAUUAAACAGAUCACCGCAAACGAGUUUUAGAGACCUUAAGCAAUCAUGCUUACAGAUAGGCAAUACCGACAAAUCAAAUAGUGAUGACAGUGAUGAAGAUUUAAAUGUAACUUUGAGUAAGACUAGAGGAAGGGGAAGAGGAAGAGGUUCAAGAGGCGGUAGAGGAUCCAGAGGCCCCAGAGGAAGUCGUGGUAGAGGAACAUCUAAUGAAAUUAAUGUUUCUAUUGUAAAAAUGCUGAAUACCAGAAGUGCACAGUCGAAGAAAGUGGAUGCAAUUAUUAUAAGUGAUUCUGAUUAGUUGUCGAGUACUGCGUGAGAAGAUGUGUACAUGCUUUAAAAAAUAUGUUUUUUAUUUAAUUUAUAUAUUUAAUAAGUAUACUCAUUGUUAAACAGAAUUCCGAAAGUACACAGUUAACG